AUGCACAAUGUUGAAGACAUAAUAUCAGAUUCGGAAGACGAGAUUACAACGUUUUUGGAACCGUUCGAACAAAAGAGUCUUCCCAAUGGUCUGGCCUCCAUAGUACGAGGAGAAACGACCUCGAAAGACUCAAGUUUAGCUGCCGAUGAGGAGAAUGAGGACACCAUAGGAUCCGAGAAAUUGUACUUCCACAUGACCCAAAUGCAAUCGAUACAUGAAAGUGUUACUGAUUUAGAAAAAGAAUCCGAGUUGCAAAAGAAAUCUAUAUUGUCGUUGAGAUCACUACGAUGUGACUCCAGUGACCAAAUAGAUGACUACAAAGCCCCCGAACCAGCAAGGAAAAGAGGCAGGCGAAAAACAACAACUGGAGGCAAAACUAGGAAGAAAAACCAAUCGAUGAGCAACCUGGUUCGUGAGGUUUUUGAGUCAGAUAAGAGCAAGUACUUUAUUGCCAAGCAGAGUCGUAUUGACGAAUUUUGUUGCCGAUCAAACAACAGCAACGUGUCAAGAACUUUACAAAAUCGACGACUUGAGCAAUUAGGUGAGAAGCAACUUCUUUCGUCUGAUGAUUGGUUGAAAAUCUUACAAAGCAUCAGAAUCAAUUUCCCACAGUCCUCGUGUAUAACAAACAUAGAUACGCACGAGAGAAUCGAAUAUAGGACACUCUGGGAUGAAGCGAGUUCAAAUGUUACAUUAAACAAUGAAGAAAUAAAAGUUUUAUAUAAUAAAUAA